AUGUCAGAACUUUAUGAUGGCUACAAUGACUUCAAGUUUCAUUUGAAGCAUACACAGUUUUGUUUAGUGUUUCAACGAUUAAUGUCCAUCAUGGGGGCUACUUUGAUUUCGCUAGUUGUAGCCACCCUGUUUGUAUCUCUGACUUUGUCUGCCUCGGUUGUCCAGAUGAAUAUGGAGACCCCCAUGGCAUCAAUGGUUAGACGAAUUAACAGCUUAAAAACUACAUGGGAGGCCACAGCUGCUGUUGAAGCAAUGUCUGAUCGUAUUUGUAUUGCGAGUAAAGGUACAAAAAAUGCCCACUUGUCCAUUGAAGAUUUGUUGACUUGCUGCAAUGAAUGUGGUGAAGGUUGUAAUGGAGGAUAUCCUGAAUAUGCUUGGUAUUAUUUUAAAGAACGGGGCAUUGUUACUGGUGGACCCUACCAUAGCCACAAGGGUUGUCAGCCUUAUAAAAUCCCAGCUUGUGACCAUCAUGUAGUUGGACCUCUAGCACCCUGCAAAGGGGACCUUCCCACACCUAGAUGCAGUUCAAGAUGUGAAUAUGGAUAUAAUAACACUUAUCAUGAUGAUAAGCACUUCGGUUUCUUUAAGAUCAAACGUGGAUCCAAUGAAUGUGGCAUUGAAGACAGUCCUGUAGCCGGUAUUCCGAGUGUGUAA